AUGGACGGACGUUGUGGAUUUUGGCUUCUCGUUGAGCACUCUGCCCAUUUCAGCUUUCGCGCCGAGAAACCCAUCACGGUUGGAUCCAUUCAUCUUGAGCUCACCCCGAAGGCGAAGGAGGAAAAUAAAAAGGUGGGAGAAGAAGCAGCAGAGGCGUCGAACAAUAAAUAUCUUUUGUGGGCAAGAUGUGUGCCGACGAUUACUGUUGGUGAUCACGUGUUUUGCGACCACCCGCCAUGUGUGAUGGCAUCCUUUUCUGUAGGGUCGGAUGGGGCUGCAACGACACCACCUCUCAGGUGGGAAAUUGGUGAGAAGGCCGUUGUUUACGUGUGUCUAACACGGCUCUCUGAAACACCAGACACAUUCCCAGGGUUUAGUGCGCACUCACCCUUACACACCGCAAAUGGUGAUGACGAUGUUAUUCCGGAAGCGGAAACAAAGACUUCACUGCAGCUUGCAUUGGAUUCUAUGUACAAUGUCACCAUCACACUCAUCGGGGUAAUGGAGGGGUGGGAAGUUCAAAAGACAAUAUGGCGACCGUUACUUUGCUUUCGUUGGUUUGAGUUGCAGAGGCAUAUUCGUGAAGCCACAGUGCCUUUUAUGCCCCUUGAAAAGCAAGCCAGGAAGCGUCAUCGUGCGGAAUUACAAAGGAGGCGGAUGAUCACUGGGGAUGUCCGGGAGGCUUCUGCUGUCUCGUCGUGUGGAAAUUAUGUUUUGUGGCGUGACAGGACGUUGGGGUUGCGGCGCGAAUUAAUCACGUAUCAUAGGGUUUACACUCCAGCGAAUAACGAGAAGCGCGUUCGCGUUCGCAAGUUCCCGCAUCGGUUUGCAGACAUUGUGGGUGAGAUUCCAUUUGGAAGUUUUGUUGAGGCUAUUGGCCGUCAGAUGGAUUCAUACACUAAAGAGGAGUACGCCUUGUUGGUUCUUUCUGGCACAUCUGAGGCGGCUACUGUGGCAGAGGCGUAUCAGCUGCAGUGCAUCGAACCUAACAAGUGGAUAUGGGGCUGGUCGAAAAUUGUCUCCAGCAGCGGUCUCACACUCCUGGUGGAAGUGAUGGACACAACAAGGGCGUCGUUGCCGGAUCAGGGGUGUGUGGAGCGGCUGAAGGAACCAACGUACUACACUUCCGUACGUGAGGAGCGCAGUGUGCGUAUCCGAAGUGGGCCCUCACUGAGUGCUAACGUUGAGGGGCACCUUGAGCCAAACGAGGUGAAGCUUGCAAUCGCCAUACAUCAGUGUCCGCACUCCGACGGUGGCAACUCGGCGCCGUUGCAGCAGCACUUUGUGGAGUGGGAGGAGGGUGGCUUCUCGUUGCUACGCAACAACGACCGGGUGUAUUUGGUGCCCGUGCAUCUUCAAGUACAGCCGCGCCGCUUCCCCGUUUGCCCACGCCCGUCACCAAGUUCACCUGAGAUAAUUGCACUGCAGCGAAGGCGCCGCCGGAACGUGUCACCUGCUAACACGCCAAAUACACCAGCGGGGGCAACCACACCAUCACCGGAGCUCUUGAGUCCUGCUAAUAUUCCGGAAGCGGUUGCUGAGGGCUUAAAGACGGGAAUUGUUCGCCUAGAGGAUCUGCCGAAAAUUAGCCUCAAUGGAAGUCCCACGCAUUCGUCCUCUUCUUCGGAACUCCCCUAUUAG